AUGCUGCCCCCUGGAAACUUUUUCCCCACCCUCAUCGUCUUCCACCUCUUCGCCCUCCACAUGCCCAUCACUCUUUCGGGACUCAUCGAUGCGCCUUUCGGCAAAUUCGCAAGCCAUGGCAGUCGCCUGAAUAUCAAUGGUAAUCUCGGAUGGGCCGCCAUGGAGAUAGUCUCGCCUGUGACGUUCAUGGUUGCUCUCUACACACAUGAUCACCCCCCUCUGAAUCUUUCAGCAAGGUUACUUCAGGUGAGCACUCCUUUCAGGAAGCGAGAAGGCUACAGCUGA